AUGGCGGAUCAUCAGACCACGGCAGCUUCGCGUGCUGCGGCUGGCACCAGCAAUAUGAGAGGAGGUCGAUUUACAGACUUCACCCGAUCGCCCGGCGCUUCGAUCGACGAGACCACGACAGCUUCACAAGCUCCGUCGCAAGGGCUUCCGAACAACCCGCCGAGCUGGACGAUCUGGGGAUCGCCUCCCGGAGCCGGCGCCAGCAGUAGUCUCGGAGGUGGCUUUGGCGGUGGUGGUGGUGGCGUGACUGAUCGUAGAGGUCCCGGGUCCGACGAUUCUUAUCCCCCGCCUGGUGCUUCGGCCGGCGCUUUCGAUGGAAAACAAGGUUCAUCGGCGCUGCUCGAAAAUGACACGUGGAACAAGUCAUCAAUGUGGUCGGGAGAAGCAACGUCGCCCGGAAUCACCAACGUGGCUGCAGCAGAUCUCUCCCGGUCUCCCGUCAGGAUGCGCACGAAUCCAAAAUAUGAGAGUCCCAAGCAGUCGACCGAGAUUCCUAGGAGCUCAUCACCUUUCUAUCCUAUGCCUAGACAGGCAGCCGUCGGACGCGGGACAACCCUGACGCAAUCCCCGGGUAGCAAAGGAUACCUAGACCCUUCGUCCGCCAGCUUCGGAGAUGCCUUGGACUUUCAAAACAACCGUGGGCGACCCAUGGAGAUGGGUCAGUUUGGGGGUCAACGUUUCGGUGGCGCCAACAACACUGGUGGUGGACGACAUCUGGGGUCCGUGUUGGCGGGUGCUAUGGAGAGCGAUGAGCACAAUCAGCUGCGUAGAGGGCGUGGUCUCUCGAACUCUCGAGGGAUCGUUCCCUCUGCCGAUCACCUGAACACUGCUGGCCGUAGCGAGAGCCUGCCCCCUCAGCAGCGCGCGAAUUCGACCCCCCCAACUUACAACCCGGAUCAGUCACCACCACCCAACGGUGCUGGCUACCCUUCAUACACCCACAUGCCGACUUCCCACGGCGGAGCCCAGCUCGGUGGCCAUCCCCUUCAAGGGCAGCCCUACUCCCAAACCAGAUACCCGGAACUGAGCCGUGAGACCCGGAACGCCGAGAUGAUCGCCCAGGUCAGUCAACUAUCCGUCGAGGACGACGGCGACCUGUACCAGGGAGCCAGGCAGCGGCCUCCGUAUCCUGCAUUCACCACGCAGACGCCGCCCACCGGCAAUAUCAAUUACCCGCCGCAGCCGCAAUUCGGGGAACUUGCGUACCAGAGACACGCUGCCCAGGGAUCGCAUGGCUCGUCCCCUUGGUCUCCCGAUGAGACUCUCUUCCGUGGACAGGAUCAGUACAACGAUCAGUUCGGUGAAUUCGGAGAUGGUUAUGGCGAGCAGCGCAUUCGGUCCUACGAGCGCAAUGGGGCGAUGUCUCCCGGUGAGGACUACAAUCGGAGAAGUUUGGGCAGCCCGUACUAUCCAGCUGGAACUCCGCCCUCCGGCAUGGAAGGCAUUCGCUCUCCCUCUCGUGGAGGCUCCACCAACCGUACGCCGUCCGGUCAGAUUGGUCUCCAUCCAGAAAAACUGCGUCAGCAGUUGCUGGUGACGCAACAACAGCAGCAACAGAACCAUCAUCCGGCGAUGCUGAUGCGUGACUCGUUGUACCGUUCCCAGCAAUAUGUGCCAACGAGUGGCAACUACGACUAUACUGGCGCGUACAGCAACACCAGAAUGCAGAUGCCCACGUUCCCCGGAUCGAUGAGUCCUCUGAUGGGUCCAGCGCAAGCUGCACCACCCAGGCGUCACGAUGACUUUGGUAGUUUGAGGAGUGCCCUCCUCGAAGAGUUCAGGUCCAAUUCGAAGUCGAACAGACGCUACGAGCUGAAGGACAUCUAUCAGCACGUUGUGGAAUUUAGCGGCGACCAGCAUGGAUCUCGCUUCAUCCAGCAGAAGCUCGAGACGGCCAACAGUGAUGAGAAGGAAGUCGUAUUCAAGGAGAUACGCCAGAACUCUCUGCAGCUGAUGACCGAUGUAUUCGGGAACUACGUGAUCCAGAAGUUCUUCGAGCAUGGGAAUCAACUGCAGAAGAGCAUCUUGGCAAAGCAGAUGGAGGGCCACGUCUUGACUCUGUCGCUGCAGAUGUACGGAUGUCGCGUAGUCCAGAAGGCUCUCGAGCACAUAUUGACGGAUCAACAAUCCACCCUGGUAAAAGAGCUUGAUGGCCAUGUUCUCAAAUGCGUGAAGGACCAGAAUGGCAAUCACGUGGUCCAAAAGGCCAUCGAACGGGUUCCUGCCGAGCACAUCCAAUUCAUCAUCUCGGCAUUCAAGGGCCAGGUCCAGACUCUUGCAACCCACCCGUAUGGCUGCCGUGUGAUUCAGCGCAUGUUGGAACACUGCGAUGAGGAAGCCCAAGCCUCUAUAUUGAAGGAACUUCACGCCUGCACCUUUUCGCUCGUCCAGGACCAGUACGGUAACUACGUGACCCAGCAUGUGAUUGAGCAUGGCAAGCCGGAGGACCGCGCGAAGAUCAUUCAGAUGGUCACCGGUCAGCUCUUUCAAUUCUCCAAACACAAGUUCGCGUCCAACGUUGUUGAGAAGAGCAUAGCCUUUGGGAAUGCGGAACAGAAGCGUGAGAUUGUUAGAGCCGUCACAGCCCUGCGUCCUGACGGUACUUCACCGUUGCACCUGCUUAUGCGGGAUCAAUACGGCAAUUACGUGAUCCAGAAACUUCUUACGCUUCUCAGUGGCGCCGAUCGUGAGACGCUCGUCGAGCAGAUCAAGCCGCAGCUCCAGGCAUUGAAGAAGUUCACGUUCGGAAAACAGAUCAAUGCCAUUGAGAAAUUGAUCUUCAACAGCGCCUCUACUCCCCAAGCCACUUCACCCCUGGAGUCGGCACUGACCACGCCUCCAUUGCUCACCACUGGUUGCCAGUCGCCAGAUUCCUCAGUAACCCCCUCCACGGGCACUAGUUCGGCCGGCGAAGGACUUCCCGCGACCCCUCCCAAGCCUGCGGCUGGUGGAGUCGAGGUUCAGAUCGACGGGCCCUAG